CCAAAUAUAUAAAAAAAAAUAUCAAUAUAAAUAGGAAUUUACCGUUUGAUCCUUUUCAUUUCCAUCCAAACCCUUCAAAUAAAUUUCCAAUAUAUUCCCUCUUUCAACUCUCACAAGUCUCAACCUCUCAUUCUUCUCACUUUCUCACUAAUCAGAUUCAAAUCGAGCUUAUUCACAAACCCUAGUCUGUGAACCAUGGGUCAGAUCCAGUACUCUGAGAAGUAUUUCGAUGAUACUUAUGAGUAUAGGCAUGUGGUUCUUCCUCCUGAAGUCGCUAAAUUGCUUCCUAAGAAUCGGCUUCUCUCUGAAAAUGAGUGGCGUGCAAUAGGAGUUCAGCAGAGCCGUGGUUGGGUUCAUUAUGCAAUUCAUCGUCCUGAGCCACACAUUAUGCUUUUCAGGAGGCCUUUGAAUUAUCAGCAGCAGCAGGACAAUCAGGCGCAACAAGGCAUGCUUGUGAAAUGAUGAUGAUUUUAACUUCUAUUGAAAAUCUGAAAACAUAAUACAAUAUAUAUAUAGGGUUUUUUAAUGUCUGUUUGGGAACAUGCAUAUUGUGUGACCUAACUGUUAUGCUAUUCUCUUCUGUGGAGAAUUUGACUAUCCAUUUUUAUUUCGAAUGUUUCUGCAGACACCAUCUUUUCUUAUGUUUGUUGGUGUACUUCUCGUGUACUCAGUAUGUUUGGUGGAUUAUAAUAGUGUGCUCAUUACUCUGUUAGUUUCUUGAAGAA